AUGGCCCAAAACCAGAAUCCCGGUAACUUCUUAAACCGCCCACAAGGCGAGGUCGAAGAUAUCGCCCGCAAGGGUGGCCAGCACAGCCACGCCGGUGGCUUCGCCAGCAUGGACACCGGCAAGCAGCGCGAUAUUGCGUCCCAGGGUGGCCAGGCCUCCAGUGGGAGCUUCCAGCCUGGCGAGCAGCGUGCGAAAGAAGCUGGAAGGAAGGGUGGUAAGGCGACGGGGUAUGGAUACCCUGAGGAAUAA